AUGAACUGUUUUACUCUGAUCGCACCAAAUGACGAAGAGGAGCGGAUGGACGAUACAAAUGAAAAUAUUCCGAAUAAAAAUCAAACACCUAAACCACCCCCAAUCUUUAUACAAGUACAGAUAAAUUUUAACAAUUUCUGUAUUAAAAUUAAAGAAUUAACUGAUUCCUCGGGAUUUGAUUGUAAAAGUUCUACUAAUAAACUUAAACUUCAAACAUACAGCGCUGAUUCGUAUAGAUCAGUGAUCAAUUAUCACAAAGAAAAUAAUGUUUCAUUUCAUUCAUAUCAGUCAAAAGAACUAAAAACAUUUCGUGCAGUAAUCCGGAAUCUACAUCCCACUACUGAUUUGUCACUUAUCAAAAAGGAACUCUUAAACAGUGGAUUUACCACCAGAAACAUAAUGCCUGUUUUUCAUAAAUUAACGAAGACUCCUCUUCCAAUAUUCUUUAUUGACCUGGAACCUGGUCCAACCAAUGCCGAUAUCUUCAAAAUCACAUCGCUGUGCUACAUGAUAGUAAAAAUCGAACCUGCCCACCCUAAAAGAGAUAUCCCUCAAUGCCACCGCUGUCAGACUCGUGGCCACACUCGCAGCUACUGCAAUCACACUCCUCGUUGCGUUAGAUGUGGCUUAGACCAUGAAUCAUUGCAUUGUACUAACGAUCACAGUUCCCCUGCUAAAUGUGCUUUAUGUAAUGGCAGCCACCCGGCCAACUAUAAAGGGUGUAAAACAUAUACUGACCUAAUAAAAAAAUUAGCUCAAUCUAAAAACAAUAUGUGGAAUAAUAAAAACAAACACCAUCAUACCUCAAAUGUCAUUAACCAUAAUCUCCCCCCUCCAACAGACUCACAGAAUUUCCCUCCUCUCAAUAGUGAAUCAAAUCCACACUCUCAAACCAAUAACCAAAAUCAGAAUCUAGAUCUCACAAUCCAACUGUCUUCAUUCAUAAAUGAUUUAAAAACAUUAAUAAACCCACUCCUAUCACUGCUCACUACUGUCAUUGAUAAAUUCAUUAAAAAUGGCAACUAA